ACUAGCAAAACUCUAGUCUCAAACUCUCCAAUCCCAUUCCCCCGUAAAGUAGUGGCGUUAAACUGAAUUUGCUCUUCGCUGGCUUCCCUUUUGUACACGUUUACUCCAAUACGUUCGUGUUGGAUCCGUCCUCUGUCUGCCUUUGAAUUCUUUCUACAAAUCUCUUCGAUUUCCAUUUUCUUUGUAAUUGGCCAUGGAAAUGGCUUCCGCUGCUCGAACCGUCGAGCAGAUCUUCAAAGAUUACUCUGCUAGAAGAACGGCCAUCGUUCGUGCUUUAACAUACGAUGUGGAUGAAUUUUAUGGACUCUGCGAUCCAGAAAAAGAGAAUUUAUGCCUGUAUGGACAUCCGAAUGAAAGCUGGGAAGUGACUCUGCCAGCAGAGGAAGUUCCACCAGAGCUUCCUGAGCCGGCACUUGGCAUUAACUUUGCAAGAGAUGGAAUGAAUCGAAAAGAUUGGUUGUCCUUGGUCGCGGUGCAUAGUGAUUCGUGGUUGAUUUCUGUGGCUUUCUAUCUCGGUGCGCGUCUUAACCGCAAUGAAAGGAAACGCCUAUAUAGCAUGAUGAAUGAUCUGCCCACUGUCUUUGAGGUUGUAACUGAAAGGAAGCCAGUUAAAGACAAACCAAGCAUGGAUAGUGGGAGCAAAUCCCGGGGCAGCACAAAGAGAUCAAUUGAAGGACAAGCCAAAAGCAAUCCUAAGGUUGCGGAUGAGACUUUUGAGGAAGAUGAAGAUGAACACAGUGAAACACUCUGCGGCAGCUGCGGUGGAAAUUACAAUGCAGAUGAGUUUUGGAUUGGCUGUGAUGUUUGUGAGAGGUGGUUCCAUGGGAAGUGUGUGAAGAUAACACCUGCUAAAGCUGAGAGCAUUAAGCAAUACAAAUGCCCAUCUUGCAGCUUGAAGAGGGGCAGGCAGUGACAGUCACUAAAAUGACAAGAAGAGAACAGAGACACUUCAAUGGCUGACAAAGUAGUAUAGCAAUAUUCCUGCCUUUGGUAAUGUAAUGAAAUUUUUCAUCAUGUCUGUUCAUAAUAGAUGCUUCGGAACAGAUGGAAGUUCUACUUCUCGCAGAUACCUUUGUUUAAAUGUCAACUCAUAUGUUAGGAUUUGUUUAACGUCUGAAAAAUUUGUCAAUAACAUUUGCCCAUGUAUGCUAGUCUUUGUCUUUUCUUCCUC